CCUCAAUUUCAGCUCGCGGAGUCGCGGGUCAUCAUCAAACAGACAUCCAACAUUUCACAUGAAAUUGGGGGCCAUAAAUCAAUCACUCGCAAACAAGGGAAGGGAAGUGCUCGCUCGCUCGCUCGCAUAUGCCGGCCGGCACCCGCAACAGCCGAGGAGCAGCACAGACCUACUAUAAACGCCAUCAAAUCCAUCCACCAUCCACCAUCCACCAUCCACCAUCCAACAUCCACCAUCCACCAUCCACCAUCCAACAUCCAACCUCCAUCACCAACAAACAUAAACCAACAUUCCAUUUCUCUUCUUCUCGCAUGCUACCAUCCCCCACGAUAUCGUGAAUAAUGGCCUCUCUGAUAACCCACCAACCCGUCAAAGGCCUCUACGCCUUCUCCGCUAUCCUCCUAAACGCCCUCAAACUCCCCUUCUGGCUCCUCUACUACUUCCCCUCCUCCACACGCCCACACCCCCAAUGGAGUCUCCGCCAAGCCGUCGCCUCCAAAGUGCUCCGCACCCUCGUGCACCACAUCUCCAAAAUCCAAAUCUACACCCCCCUCAUCCUGACCCCCAAACCUAAAGAAAAGAACUUCCUAAUCACCAUCUCGCCUUCCUCAGAUCCAAAAACAUACACGGGUAUCUGCGCCGACAAACAGAUCACUCCCGAGCCCGUGUGCGGGUACUGGUACCCGUCCGCGUACGACCAGACCGAAGAUAAAGGCCAGAAAAUCGUGCUCCAUUUCCACGGCGGCGCCUUCGUAGUCGGGGACUGUCGCCCCUCUGAAAUGGCGUUCGCGGCGUCUAUCCUAACGAAACACAUCGGCAAGACAUUAAUGGUAUCCUACCGGCUCUCCUCGAACUCCAACGGCCGCUUCCCCGCCGCGCUGCAAGACGCCGUUUCAGCCGUGCACUACCUGCUUGAUCUCGGGAUCCCGUACUCCGACAUCGUCAUCAGCGGUGAUUCGGCGGGCGGGAAUUUAGCGAUUUCCUUAUUACGGUAUCUCUCUACUUCCGGUGAUGAUGAGAAAGCCGUGUUUAAAGGAGCACUCCUCUGGUCCCCCUGGGUUGAUCUCGCUAUCAGCAUGACGCCGCAAAUCUUAUACGAGUCCCCGCACCGCUUCACGGAUUACAUUGCGCCGGCGUUCGCCAUCUGGGGCGCGAACGCGUAUUGUCCCAAAGAUGGACCGCUGAAGAUGGACAGCGAGUGGAUUUCUCCGGGCCCGAACCCCUUCAGGACCAGGACGCCGGUGUGGGUGCAGGGCAACGACCAGGAGAUUUUGGUGGAGCAGAUUAAGGAGUUUGAGGAGGGGAUGAGGAAAAUAGAGGGGAAUAGGGUGGGGUGGCAUAAUGAGGUGGUAGCGACGCAUGAUAUCUUGUUGUUGGGGAACGUGUCGGGGUUUGAGAGCGAGGCGGAGAGGGCGGCGGGGAAGGCGAGGGAGUGGUUGGAUGAGUUGUGAGGAGGGGGAGGGAAGGACGAUGUAUGAUGCUUAAAAGCGGACGAAAAACUUUUUUUCAAAGUCAGGGCUAUGUUGGCUCUUUGAUUUCCUUGUAAUGUACGUUCUCAAAAUGAAAAAACCUCGUCUUCGGAGCUAUUCUUUCUCUUUCUAAGCAGACAUCGCUUGAAACAAAAGCAGAC